GGAUUGAACUUUAGAUCUGUGACCUGUGAUUUUUCACAUUCAUUUCGUUUUUGUGUAACACUAUGGUGUUUUUAGUAAAUGUCUGACAUACUCCGGAUUUGCAGGGAUCAUAAUCUAAAUAGAGGUGAUGCUUUUAUUCUGAAGACGCUUGGACCGGAAGUCUCGCCGUUGCUUCUGGGAGCUUCUCGCCUGAGCUGCUCUCAUAUCGCAGCUACUACGGUAGCAGGCAGCUGAGGGCCUUGUUGUAGUCCGUUAGCGUUGUUGUCGAAAUACAUUUUAACCCAGCUACGCCAUGGAGUCUGGCGACGCAGGGCGAGGAGGAUGGAAGCCAAAGCCUGGCCAGCCACAGAAAAACAAGAUGAACAUGAAUAUUCUCCGUCAAGAGAAGCUGAUUGCUCAGAAGAAGAUGGAGAUUGAGGCCAGAAUGGCAGAGAAAGCCAAAAUGAAUAUGCAAACCCCAAGCAAACCCCUGCCCCCCAGUAGUUCUCCAACUCUUCAAGGACCAUCGUCAAACAAAUUUGUGAACGAUGGAAGCUUCUUACAGCAGUUCAUGAAGAUGCAGAAGGACAAACCCAACAAUGUGUCUGGUUCAGCUAGUGAUACCAAAUCUUCCUCAACCUCAGCUUCAUCACCAGGAGGAAAUGCGCUUCAAAAGAAGAGCAUCCUUGUUGGCAAGCGCCCCGGCCUCGGUGUCAGUAGCAUGCUCAGUCAGUUCAAGAACUACUCACAGUCCAAGAAGAAUCCUGUUCUCAGCCAGAGACCGAGUGUGUUUUGUUCUCCGGAUGAUGAAGAUGAGGAAGGAGAGGCUGAUUACUCCAAAUUCUUAGAGAUGAAAGUUUCUCCCCCAGAGGAUUCAGACACCAGACUCAUUAUCGACAAGAUGGCUUCUUUUGUGGCGGAGGGAGGUCCUGAGCUGGAGAGGAAAGCCAAGGAGGACUACAAGGACAAUCCUGUUUUCAUGUUUUUAUAUGACGAGAACAGCAUGGAGUAUCUCUACUACAAAAAAAGAGUUGCACGAUUGAGAAAGGAUUUUCUAAGACCUGAGAAUACAUCAGCUAAUGUCUCCCCCCCAGUGGAUGCGGAAACCCAGCAGGUGGCUGAGAAGCUGGCCAGGUUUGUGGCUGACGGUGGCCCCGAGGUGGAAGCCCUCGCUGCUGAGCGCAAUCGGAACAACCCUGCCUUCAGUUUCUUAUAUGACCAGCAAAGUCCAGCCUUCCGCUUCUAUAAAGAGAAAGUACAGGAGUGUCGUGCUGCAGCAUCCCAGAGCUCUUCACCUCCAGCAGCUGAGCCAGGGAGAGACCUCCAUCGGCCAGCUGCGUCGCCAUUAUUGGGAAUCCCUCCACCAGUGAACCAUGCUCCUCCACCCCACAGUCAGGAGGGAGAGACUCCGCCUGUCAAACGGAAGAGGAAGAGUAGAUGGGGGUCCGAGGAUGACAAAGUCGAGUUGCCUAUUCCUCCCAUCGUUAUCCCUCAAGAGCUGACUGUUCCGGAUCCCAACACACCCUCUCUCUCUGCCCAGGAGCUCAGAGGUCUCGGCUAUAAGAAGGGGAAGCCUCAUGGACUGGUAGGAGUGACUGAACUGUCAGAAGACCAGAAGAAACAACUCAAAGAACAACAAGAUAUGCAAGAGAUGUACGACAUGAUCAUGAAGCACAAGCGUGCGAUGGCAGAGAUGCAGCAGAUGUGGGAGAAGGCCAUCAGAGACCACCAACACGAGUACGACAGUGAUGAAGAGGUGGACCAGAUGGCAGGCACCUGGGAGCAUCGCCUCCGAAAGAUGGAAAUGGAGAAGACUCGAGAGUGGGCAGAAUCCCUGACAGAAAUGGGCAAAGGAAAACACUUUAUUGGAGACUUCCUGCCUCCUGAGGAGCUGGAGAAGUUCAUGGAGACCUUCAAGGCACUCAAGGAGGGUCGGGACCCGGACUACUCAGAAUACAAAGAGUUUAAGUUGACGGUGGAGAAUCUUGGUUUCCGGAUGCUUAUGAAGAUGGGCUGGAAGGAGGGCGAAGGCCUCGGCAGUGAAGGACAGGGAAUCAAGGCCCCUGUCAACAAGGGAACCACAGCUAUGAAUGGAGCAGGGUUUGGAAUUGAGCGUCCGGCCGAGCUCACAAAAAACGACGAUGAAUACGACGCUUACAGAAAGAGGAUGAUGCUGGCUUACCGCUUCAGACCCAACCCACUGAAUAAUCCACGGAGACCAUAUUACUAAUGUAGACGACUGUUUUUUGUUUAUUCUUGUUGAUCAUAAAUUAAAAGCUGUUUUUUUUGCAGCUGCCACGGCCGUGCUCGAUGGAGCCACGGACACUGUUGCACAAUAGACAUUUUAAGAUUUUAAGUGUGUGUGUGGAGGCAAAGUAGAACGCUUUGUAGACGAUCCCUCUUGUUUGAGAUUUAAUUUGGAUUGGGGAAAAAAAAAAUACAAGUAUUGUCUUUCAAUAAUGGAACCACAGUUUUGUUACAUUUCAGUUUAAAUACUGUAAGUCCUUUUUAGAUAUAUCGACCUACACUGUCUGACUUCUACAUUUGAUUCCUCUGUUCAGUUCAUGUUCACAUUGUGUUGGCUGUCAAAGCCUCGGACGACAUUACAAACCUGACUAAAUAACACUGUAAUGUAUUCGUACAAAAGUUUCUGUAUAAUUCCUGCAUAACUUUCCUCAUUGUGCUGUAACUCAUUUUUGCUUCCUUUCACUACAAUCAUCAGUGUUCACAAUAAAAACUAAAUGCAUCUUACUCAAAUGAGGAGUCACAGAUA